AUGUCCUUUCAAGACCCUGUCUCCAAGUGCACCACCAGCAUUCCUGGCCUUGGUACGCUGGAGGGCCUCCAAUAUGCCAAUGGUGUUCAACAGUUUUGCGGGAUUCCCUACGCUGAUUUGCCCAAGCGCUGGACUCGUUCUAUACUCAAGACCUCAUGGAAUGGAGGAUAUCAUGACGGAGCCCAUUUGGGGCACGACUGUCCCAUGCCAAUAGUUGAGGGCGAUAAUUCGAAUGACCUUGUCCCAGUUCCUCCUUCAAAACAUUUACCUUGGCCCAUGGCUGUAGACGAACUGUCAGGUUUAGUUAUGAAUAUUGUGAUCCCGCAUGCGUGCGAAGUGAGCAGCAACCAGCUGCCUGUUUUCGUCUAUGUUCACGGGGGUUCGCUGCUAUACGGUGGCGCAAAUUUGCCAAUUUUUGAUGCAGUCAACUUUGUCUCUCAUAGUAUCUCCAUCGGGCUUCCUAUCAUAUGCGUGAACUUCAAUUACCGAGUCGGAAUCGGCGGAUUUCUCGCGAGCAACUCUAUCAAGCUAGAGCUACAGAAAGAUGGACAUGCUGGUAACGGCAACUUCGGCUUCACAGAUCAGCAGGUUGGCUUUGACUGGGUCCAAAAAUAUAUUGCACAUCUAGGAGGAGAUCCUAACAAUGUUACUGCUGUUGGUGAAUCGGCGGGAGGCAUCUCAAUCAGUAACCAGCUGCAUGCCAUGAACCCUCCAGUCUUUCAUCGCGCAAUCUGCAUGUCUGGCCUCUCUGCUGCAAUCCCACCAUGGACUCAGAAACAACAUCAAAUACUUUUUGAGGCUGUCUGCUCUCAUUUCAAAAUCGACCCAUGUGCUGAAAGUGCUUUAGAGCAGUUGCGAGCAAUUCCGCAGCAGGAUCUCGCAAAUGCAACCCCUGCAAUCCAGGGCGUUCCAUCCGGCACUGGAAAUCCGUGUCUUGAUGGGUGGUUUUAUCAUCCAGAUCUCGACCCACGCGAUGUCAAUAUUCCUCCACCUUGGUUGAAAGACUACAUGUUUGGCGACACCUAUCACGAGGGCAUUAUUUUCCACCUCAACUUACUUGACUAUGAUUACGAAGCUAUCCGUGACGUGCUACAGAGUCAUAUUUUAGAUGAAGCAUCCACUGACAAGAUUUUGAGCGCUUACGAAAUCACUCAAGAUCUCUCCUCCGUCGAGCUAUUCAGACGUGUGGAGCAUAUGUGUGGAGAUGCAAUCUUCAAAAUACCAAAUUAUGUCCUCGCCCACAAAUCUCUAGACCACAGGAGAUCUCAAGAGGGGGGAUUAUUCUUCUACCAUUUCGAUCAACGUUCCCGCUUACCGAAUGCAUUGGAAGGGACUGCAUACCAUGCCCAUGAGCUGCUGUAUCUCUUUGGAAACUUGGAUCAUGAAUUGAAUGAAAACGAGCAGCAUAUGGCACGUGAAUUUAAGUCAGCCUGGAUCAAAUUUACGUAUGGAUUACCACCCUGGCAGGCGGACUAUCAACACCACCAGUGUCAGUGGAUGGUCUGGGGGCCCGAUAGCUGCAUAAAGGUGAAAACCGAGGAGGAGGACCAAUUAACUAGGGACUAUGUUCGAAUGAAAAUGGUACUGCAGUUGGGAGGAGGCAGUACGUGGAAAAGAUGGCUAACUGGGGUUGACUCGCUCGUGAAUCGGCGGUGGAAACUAUGGUCGGAAGGUCACUGA